GAUUUCUUGCAAAAUGUUGUCGAGUUUGGGACCUUUCCCAGGUGAUAAAACACGAAAGCAUUUAAUUUUCUGUGACUUGUGAAAGCAGAGAUAGAUCCCGAGUCCGUAAACAGAUUCUCUAAGCUCUAAUGUUGUUUCAGGUGAAGCUCAGAGCUUCCAGCUGCCAGAGAAGUUUAUGCACGCAGUUUGUUGUUAGACUGGGUAAGUUGAAAAUACUGCCUUUUUCUGCCUUAUAGUGCUUUAAACUUUCUGUAAUAUAAUCUUUACAUUAUGCAUACUGUACACCGAUGAGUUCAGUUUAAUCCUGAAUUGGUUUGGAGUCAAGAUGAAGAGUUCAUUUGCAAAAACAGAUCACUCCGUUUUGAUAAAAGAGCAUACAACAAAACUGUUUCUGAAGUCAGGACUAUGAAAAUUGAAGGAUUUAAUUGUUUUACAAACAUUAAUAGUCAUGCAUAAAGCAAACAGAGGCCUGCUACCUUGUGGUUUGCAAACACUUUUUACUUUGAACAGUGAAACAAGUAGAAGAAAUCUUGACUUUAAAUAUAAUUCUGCAAGAACGACUCUUAAAGGAAUGUGUGUAUCUGUCGCGGGUGUGGAAAAAUGGAAUUCCUUGGAAAAAGAUGUGAAACAAUGUUCAAACAUUUUGCAGUUUAAAUGUAAGUUUAAAGAAAAAAUAUUUAACAUUUCUGCAAAGGAGCAAUAACAAUGAUGUGAUUGAUCUGUAGAUUGAUUGUGGCCAUCUGAUGUUUUUUGUUGUGGUUGUUUUUCUGUUUGAGUUUGGAAAAAAGACUGGGGUAGGAGUUAAAAAGACUUAUUCUUCAUCCUACUGCUGUUCUUGUCAGGCGUAAACUAACCGUGAUGUCACCCGUUGGUUUCAACGGCGAGAAAAUGAAGCCCAGAUUUUGCUACUUCCUGGUCGCCGUUUUGGAUUUUUUGGAGCCAGUGACGUAAAAAGCGUCAUCAAACAGGCUGGACCGGAGAGCAGCUAGGGGCAGGAUUGGCUGAGAACUCUCUUAUCCCGCCCACAUUUUACCGCAGAGGCUUCUGUUGCUGUCUAUCAAGUAUAGCCACGCCCCCUGGCUCCGCCAACUUUAACGAUUUAUGUAAAAUUCAGUAUUGAUUUAUUUUAAGAUCGGCCACCUGAUCUCUCAUUUUGACCAUGAAAACUAACGGGAAAAAAAUCCUGAGCUGUAGAACAUCAGUCUAUCAAAUUUUAUUUUUUCCAAAAAUGAAUUGGGGUCUAUGGAGAAAAAGCUUUUUGGAGCCAACUACCCAAUAAGCAUUUUCUUCAUCGUGAUCAAUGAGUUCUGUGAGCGUUUCUCCUACUAUGGCAUGCGAGCCGUGCUGGUGUUGUACUUCAAGUACUUCCUGCUGUGGGACGACGACUUCUCCACCACCAUCUACCACACCUUUGUGGCUCUCUGUUACCUGACCCCCAUCCUGGGAGCCAUCGUAGCCGACUCAUGGCUCGGCAAGUUCAGGACCAUUAUUUACCUGUCCAUCGUGUACACCAUUGGGCAGGUCAUCCUGGCUGUAAGUGCCAUCCAUGACAUCUCAGACACAGACAGGGACGGCACCCCCAACAACAUGUCCCUCCACAUAGGUUUGUCAAUGGUGGGUCUGUUGCUCAUCGCCCUGGGAACGGGAGGCAUCAAACCGUGCGUGGCCGCCUUUGGUGGAGACCAGUUUGAUGACGAUCAGGAGAAGCAGAGGGGCACCUUCUUCUCCAUCUUCUACCUGUCCAUCAACGCCGGCAGCCUGCUGUCCACCUUCAUCACCCCGAUCCUCAGAGGUAGACCCACGACGACGCAGAGAACGCACAGCUCAUGCUACCCGCUGGCCUUCGGGGUCCCCGCUGUUCUCAUGGGGGUGUCUCUGAUCGUGUUCAUCGCUGGAAGUGGCAUGUACAAAAAGAACGAUCCUGAAGGCAACAUCAUGGUGAAAGUCUGCAAAUGUAUCGGGUUUGCCCUUCGCAACCGCUUCAGACAUCGUUCCCCUCAGUACCCAAAGAGACACCACUGGAUGGACUGGGCUGAGGAGAAAUACGACAAACUCCUGAUUGCUCAGGUGAAGAUGGUGCUGAAGGUGCUGUUCCUCUACAUCCCCCUGCCGAUGUUCUGGGCUCUCUUUGACCAGCAGGGCUCCAGGUGGACGCUGCAGGCGACCACCAUGAAUGGCGACUUUGGGGCUCUUGCAAUCAUGCCCGAUCAGAUGCAGACCGUCAACCCCAUCUUGAUCAUCAUUUUGGUGCCAAUCGUGGACAACCUCGUCUAUCCUCUGAUUGCCAAGUGCAAACUGAACUUCACUCCGUUAAGGAGGAUAACCGUGGGGAUGUUCUUCGCUGGCCUUGCGUUCGUCGCUGCCGCUCUGCUCCAGCUGCAGAUCGAUGGAACCCUGCCACAGUUCCCGUCCGGCACCGAGGGCCAAGUGAAGUUCAUCAACAUGAUCGACGAGAAGAUAAACAUCAAAGCUGGAAACGAAUCGAUUCCCCUGGAAGCUUUCUCGGCCAGUGAUGAUUACCUGACCUUUAGCGAACCAUUUAGCCUGAAUCUGGGCCCCGGAGCCGAGAAUGUCGUCAGUUUACCUGACGGCACUCGGAGUACCAUCGUCAUCAUUCAGGAUGCGGCAACAUACAGGCACAUAGAAUUCAGAGACAUUACAGAAAAGUCGGAAAAGGGGGAAAAUGAAAUGAGAUUUCUGAAUGGUUUUAACACGACUUUGAAUGUUACCGUGGGCGACGAGACCUUCGGGGCCAUCGUUACCUACAACAUGUCUGAAUAUGUUGCGGUGUCACAGGGAGCGCCUCAGUUCGUGAUCAAGAACGACGUGGGAGACGAGUGUGUUUACACUCAAACGCUGAGCUUCGGCAGCUCUUACACCUUGAUCAUCCCGUCAACCUUCGCAUUUGGACCAAAUUGUGCAGACUCCAUCCGGCCAGUCAUGGACAUGAGUCCUAACUCCAUCCACAUGGCCUGGCAGAUCCCGCAAUAUUUUCUCAUGACUUUAGGAGAGGUGGUCUUCUCUGUCACUGGCCUGCAGUUCUCCUACUCACAGGCGCCCAGCAACAUGAAGUCUGUACUGCAGGCCGGUUGGCUGUUAACAGUUGCUGUAGGUAACAUUAUUGUCCUAAUUGUUGCGGAGGCUGCAACAAUCCAAGAUCAGUGGGCCGAGUACCUCCUCUUCGCCUCGCUGCUGGUGUUCGUGUGCAUCGUCUUCUCAUUCAUGGCCUAUUUCUACCAGUACAUCGACCCAAGCAAGAUAGAAGCCCAGUUUGCCCACAUGAAGCCCAACGAGAAGGAGAAGAGGAAGAGUUUGGACAUGACCAAGAAGAACGUCUAUGCAAAUGACAGGAGGGGCUCUGACUCCAGCGACUCCAGCGACAAGGGAUCUCACCAGACCAAGAUGUAAAGCGACCGAUUUGUCCUCGUUUAAAGCUGCUGGGCUCUGUCCUCGGUGUCUGAAGGUCCCUUGGUAAUCGUGUUGGUGGAAGUCAGUGCACAGUUGAGCAUGUGGAGGUUGGAGACCUCAGUGAGAUGGUGCUGAAGUUGGAGAAGAGCUUAGAUGGUUAAGGUCUUGGUUGGACAGUGUUAGUGAAUGAUUUUGGCGGUGAUAAUUGAAACACUAUUAUUCAUUUUCCAGCUUAAAAUAUGAAGGAAACACGACUUCAAAUCUCUAGGUCUUGGUAAUUUUUGCUCCAGCUCCACCGUGUAGCAUCGUCUUUACGUGAUUUCUUGUCUUUUUUCAUCUCCUGAGUGAUGAACCAUUCCAAUAUCUGUAUUUAUUUCCAAGCACUGUUGUAUGUAUUGUAAUAUAUUGGGACUGUUGUGUAUAUAUAUAUAUUAAAACAUUUAGAUAAUCUACUGUAACGCCGAUUCAGUCAGAAAUGCUUCGUAUUCAAAUUCAGAUUUCAUGUUGACCUUGCAGUCUGCUGCCCUGUGAUGACAGCUGUUCAUCAAGGUCUUUAUGUGUUGUCUGUGAGAGAGAAAAAAAACAUAAGGCUUCCUCAAUAAACAUCUGUAUCAGCAGCCGUUUCAUUACACCCAUGAAGUGGCAUUAUGUGCAUUAAAACACUAAUGUUUACAGAAAAUCUCAUGGCGGCUAUAACGGUCGCAGAAUCAUGAGGAA